CCCGUCCCAUCCAACAACUCAAAUCCACCCUUCAUGUCCCAACACAUGGGGGUUAAAGCAGCAACCAAAACACCGCAUCUCGUGCAGAGCUCAGCAAAACAUCAUCGUCUUGACCGUGAUUUGAGGCUAGGCGCAAAGUUUGCUGAUACGAGCCGUUUGCCUGUUUUGUAUACACACUCAUGAUGCACCGUAUCAUCGUCAUUCAUCCACCGUAGAGCAUUCGUCGCAUUGGUAGACAAAAAAAAAAAACUUUUGCCAUUCGGAGGGCUUCUCGUAGAAUCUACCCGGUUCGCUGGUGAUAGCAUACGCUCGUCAGUAUUCGACGGGAGUUCAUCGCGACUGUAAGCUCGUCAGCUACGGGGACAAUGUGGCUGAAUUGUGCAGCGGUGCUAGCACCUAUACUGGUGAUGGCGUUAACAAUGGCAGAAGAUCCGACGGCCAGCGUAACGGUGAAUCCACGGAAAGUGAUCAACCACAUUGCGAAGGAGUUUGUGUGCUUUUCGGCGAAGCCGCGAAGUGUGUUUGAAAAUUCGCUGAAUCCGGUUAGUGAAACGACGUUUCAGAUGGCGAAGAAACUGAGCCCGAUGUACAUGAAGGUUUUCGGGGACUCCAGUCAGUUGGAGUUGCAGAUGGACGGAUUCGUGGUGAGGGACGAUGACUCGGAGCUGGUGCAGAUAACGCCGAAUGGGUGGCGCGCGUUCAACAAUUGGGCCCAGGAAGCGGGGUUGGUGCCGGUGUUUGUGUUGGACUACAGCGGAGAGAGCUGGAAGCCGAGGAAUGCGUUGAAGGUGUUGACGGUGGCCAAUAAGCUGGGCAUUACGAAUUGUUUGUGGCAAUUGGGAGUCGGGAAUAUUACGAACGCCGUGAAGUACAUGGAAGAUCUGCGAGCAUUCCGGGCAAUCACCAAAGCGUUCAAGUACCGAGGAAUUGUUGCUUGCGAUGUUGACCCGAUGGUCGUAGGAUUUGAUCAGACUCGCUAUUUCAAUUUGAAUGUCGAUGAACUAGCGGAUGCCGUAUCAGUGAUCUAUGACCCGUCCAUAGGCAGCAGUCGGCUGCAAGAGUUUGUUCUGCAAAGAGAAUCCUACGUUAAAGGCCCCGCGCGAUCUCAUCUUCCAAUAUGGUUGGACGUGCGGUCACCCUUAAUGACCGCUGCAUCUGGGAAGAGUUGCAACGAAACUUGCCUCCAAAAUGGUCUGCAUUACGCAACGCUUCUGGGAGACGCUGCUCGCAACGGUUUCAAUACAGUAUUCAAGGCACUGUCCCGGCAAGAAGUCCAGUCGUAUGGACUGACCUAUCUGAUUGCUCUGUUGCACAAGUCAACGAUAGGGACAAAAGUAUUUGAAGUCCCGCAAAUCACCGAUCAUGACGUACAAAUUUUCGCGUACUGCGGACGGGUCGGCAAUGGAUCUCUUACCCUCAUGGCUAUCAACCACCAUUCGGAAGACUUCGAGUUCGACUUCAAGCUAGCUUCGAAGCAACAUUCUACUGAGGUUUUGCAAUACGUAAUCACUGUAGCCGAUGGAACGAUACUUCUUAAUGAGGAGACGUUUAACUUCGAAGCGCAGCUGGAGCCUUCCGCUAGAGUUCGACCAAUACUGAAAGGCCUACAGUUGACUAUCCCAACGCAAGCGAUUGCCUUUUGGGUCGUCCCCAACCUGAACCUUCGAGAAUGCUUUGAUGACUACCAAGAUCUGCGGUCGAAGGUUUCGCGAAGCGUUACCGUGCUGGAAAGCUCGGUGGAUCAAUUGCUGCAGGAGUUGAUUGCAGAGCGAGCUGGACGACAAGACAUCACGCAAAUGAGCCGCCGUAAGCGGUCGACGGACGCAGUGGAGGAUGAGUUGAAGGAAAGUGAACUGGUGGAGAAUAAGCAGAAGCGUGGACCAAGAGCAAAAGGAAAGCGGGAACCUAGGCAAACACUAAACUAUCGUCGCAAGGAACGAACAGUGCGGCUGAAGGAAAAGCGAGCUGAGCGCAGACAACUCAAGCUACAAAGACGACCACUGCGGGAACGAGGUAAGCGUCAAUCUCGAAAGCGUAGUCGAUGUGCCAAUCCCUCAAAACUCAAAGAUUCGAAGAAGAAGACGAAGCGAUCUUCGCUUGCAGAGGCAGUGAACCACCCUCCAGUGUUCGGCGAAAGCUACGAAGAGCAAGUCAACCGAUCAAGCUUUCCUCAAGGAGACGUGCAUUUAGUGAUUUCCAAAGGUCCAGAAGAGGAAGACCUGCUAUCGAUCGAAGAAGCACCCAUCAGACAAAAUCGGAAGAAGUAUCGCAGGAAAAAGACAUCCAAGGCAAACUCCUCCGAGAAGGAUUUGCGAUUCGUUGUGCCGCAGGUCGCAUUCAUACGAGAACAGGAAAUGCCACGGCCAGAACUGGAAGUAGCCGAGUCAAUUCACAGGCAAAUUUCACUGAAUGAACCGGAGGAAAUAACCAAGAAACCGAAGGUCUACCCCAUCAAUCGGGAACUGGUGGAGGUAAGUGAGAUUCAGGAGGCAAUCAGAACUGGAGUUCCAAUCGUGAAACGAGAUCAUGGGGAAACAGAUGAGAGCAGCUUGCGCGAUGAUACCGAAGGAGGGGACUACGAAGAGCAAAGCAUGGAGGAAGAACAAAACAUGGAUGAAGAACAAAUCCAGGAUGAGGGAGGUGAGGAGCAACCCGAAGAUAGCGCCGAUAACGCAAGUUUACCGGACCAUUCGCUGGGAGCGUCGCCGGAAUUGGGUCGAUCGAUUGGAUUAUCCGACGAAGACAUGAGCGAAGAUUCGUCCGAAGCAUACGAUGAGAUGCUUGAACGGCGGAAACGUUCCUUGCCUUCGUCUGAAACCGACUUCCAGUUGGAGGAACCGUCCUUGGUGAACAGCACAAAGUUGCAGCAAAAGUUCGUGGAAAUGUUCGACCAGUUGCUGGGAUCGUUCCAAAUCAAAUCGCAGGAAAACUCAGCCCGCGAGAACCUGGAUGAUGAUGAUGCUGAUCAGGAACUGCAGCGAUCGAAGCGUAAUGCUCUGCUGCAUCCACGGUCAUGGGAAUCCCGAGAACGAACGAAUUUGUUGCACCAGAAGCGAACUUCCACGGAGUCGCGGGAGAAUAGGAUCUCAGCCGAGCAAUUGGAGGAAGUUCAAAAAAUUCGAGCUGAGUUGUCGAAAAGUAGGAUAGACGAACAAAGCAGUACAACAGAGAGUAACGUUCGGAACACAACGGCUUCCAGCAAGGAUUCGGACCGACCUGCAGUACUGAUGAUGCGAACUGUUACUCAGUUGGUGAAAAGCGUAUCUACCGAGUUGAGCCGGGUUCUUUCCAAGUGGCUGCCAAAGUCCAAGAAAUAGAGGGAUGUCUAAUGUUAGGAGUGAUUAGGAUUAAGUAUUUAAUUUGUGUGGUCAAUAAAUCGUUUAUUUAAAUCAUCAA